AUGGCAUCUCGGAAAUGCGCCGCGGUGGUCGUGGGAGCUGGUCCGGCCGGCGUCGCUGUUGUCGGAAACCUGCUGGAACGCCAACUAGGCAUGAUAGCAUGGAUCGACCCAUACUUCGAAGGUGGCAGAGUCAAUAAGAACUAUCGCGAAGUCCCAAGCAACACCAAGGUGUCUCUAUUCCAAGCCUACGCAACAGCAACCCAGCCCUUCCAAAAGGCAAUCGAGAACACAAGCCUACCAAAUGCCUUCUCAGCCCUAGCAAAGCUAGACCAAGACAAGACAUGCCAUCUCCACUACGCAGCCGACAUGGUCCGCGGUCUAACAGACGGCCUCAAGAAAAUGGACGACGUAUACGCCUGCCGCGGCUUCGUCUCAGCAGCAAACCUAAGCGAAGGAUCCGGCAGCCCAACCUGGACAAUCCGCAUAACACAACAAGACUCACCAACCGAACUACAAUUCGAAACAGUCCGCUUAAUCCUCUGCACAGGCUCCCACCCAACAACAGUGCCCCUCCCAAUCCAAGACCCAUCCCUCCAGCGUCUGGACCUAGACCUGGUGCUGAAACCAAGCGCCCUUGCCAAAACUCUCCGCCAGGACGUCCCCCUCACAACAGCCGUCGUCGGCGCCUCUCACAGCGCAAUCCUGGCCCUCCUAAACCUAAUCAAUCUCCACAAUACAUCCCACCCAAACCUCCGCGUGAAAUGGUUCACCCGCCACCCGCUCCGCUACGCGGAAUACAAAGACGGCUGGAUCCUCCGCGAUAACACGGGGUUAAAGGGGAUGGCGGCUGAGUUCGCGCGCACUCAACUCGAAGAUGAUAAACUUGCGACCUCGCCUGCCGGCAAAGUCGUUACCAAGAUCGAUUGUGCGGGCGGGCGUGAAGCCGAAGGGGAGAUGUAUCGCCGUCAUUUGCCUGGUUGUGAUUAUAUUGUUCAGGCUGUGGGGUAUACUCGUGAUCCGUUGCCGCAGUUGGCGAAGGAUGGGGCGCCGCUUGCUAUUGAGUUUGAUCAUGGGAAUGGCCGGUUCCAUCAGACUGGUGGGGCGGAUGUUCCGGGGUUGUUUGGGGCUGGUAUUGCUUUCCCUGAGAGGGUUGUUGAUCCGCUUGGGAAUGUCGAGUAUGCCGUCGGGUUCUUUAAGUUUAUGAAGUUUUUGAAGAGGGUUGUCCCAACCUGGUGA